AUGUUGACCCGAAUCCGCAACGCGACGCGUAACCGCGCCAAGAGCGUUGUGUGCCUCAACAACAAGGUGUGCCGCGGUGUUGCCGAGGUCCUCAAGACCGAAGGUUACAUCAAUGGCUACGAAGUCGUUGAAGACAAGAAGCAGGGCACCAUCCACAUCGACCUGAAGUACGGCCCACGCGGUGAAGUACUCAUCCAUGAACUCAAGCGGAUGAGCAAGCCUGGUUGCCGAGUCUACAAGCCGAUGGACAAGAUCCCUGCUCCGAUGCAAGGUCUCGGAAUCUCGAUCGUAUCGACCAGUCACGGCGUGCUCUCGGAUCGGGCAUGCCGGAAGGAAGGCGUGGGCGGAGAACUCCUCUGCGUCGUCCCAUCAGGCGUCAAGGUGAACAUCGCUGGACGCACGAUCUCGGUCGAAGGCCCAAAAGGCUCAUUGAGCUUUGAGCAUCGUCCAGAGGUCCAGGUUGCUUUCGAUGAAGACAGCAAGAUGGUCACUGUGAAUGUUGACGAGAAGCUGCUCGCUGCAGAUCGUGCGAACCGCGCUUACUGGGGCACUACUCGUUCGAUCAUCGAUAACAUGAUGGUUGGAGUGACCCAAGGGUACGAGAAGAAGCUCCAGAUCGUUGGUGUCGGUUGGACCGGUACUGUCAACGGCAACAAGCUUGCUCUUAAAGUCGGGUACGCAAACACCAUCGAGAUGCCAAUCCCUGAGGGUGUGACAGUUGUUGCUGAGAAGCAACUCGUCACAGUCACCGGUGCAGACAAGCAAGCGGUGGGGCACUUUGCUGCUUCCGUGCGUGCAAAGAAGAAGCCUGAGCCUUACAACGGCAAGGGUAUCAAGUACCUCGACGAGGUUGAAGCAAUGAACAAGAAUAAAGCUAAACAAGUUCGCCGAUUGAAGCGAAAGAUCGGAAUCCGCAAGCGCGUGGUCGGGACCCCCGAGCGUCCGCGUCUGGCAAUCUACCGUUCGCUCAAUCACAUGUACGCACAGGUCAUCGAUGACAUGGCUGGGAAGACCAUUGUCAGCGCCUCCACUCGUGAUAAGGGUGUGAAGGUCGACAAGUCAACCGGCAAUGCCGAUGCUGCGAAAGCGGUGGGUUCCGUCCUCGCUGAGCGUGCAAAAGAAGCAGGCAUCGAGGCCGUGGUCUUUGAUCGCGGCGGAUUCAAGUACCAUGGUCGAGUCAAGGCCUUUGCAGAUGGUGGUCGUCGCUUUAGCUUCGGCGCCUUGGUCGUCUGCGGUGAUCGCAACGGGAAGAUUGGUUACGGCUACGCAAAGAGCCCCGAAGUUCCGACAGCGAUCGAGAAGGCUGAGAAGCACGCUCGUCUAAACAUGAUCUCGUUCCCGAUGACCGGGUCCACACUCCCACACGAGACCGUAGGUCGUGCGUGUGCGAGCCGAGUGAUCUUGGUCCCGGCUUCACCUGGUACAGGUGUGGUUGCAGGCGGAACAGUUCGCGCGGUACUCGAAAUGGCGGGUAUCACCGACUGUCUCACCAAGUCGACCGGAUCGAACUCGAAGAUCAACACAGUUCGUGCGAUCUUUGAUGGUCUGAGCCAACUCCGCACUCGCGAACAGAUCGCGGAACUCCGCGGUGUUGAGAUCGAAACAUCGGAUAUUGAAGAACGCGUCAAGCGUGGUGCUCGAUUCAUGCCUGCACAGUCUGAAGGCGAGAAAAUGGCUGCACCUGUCAACACCAUCGGCCAAGAUCGUGUCACCGCGAUGGCGGGUAAGUACAAGCAACGCAAGCGUAUCGGCCGUGGUGUCGGUUCGGGCAACGGUAAGACCUCUGGCCGUGGUCACAAGGGUGCGGGAGCACGCCGUGGCUAUUCCAAGCUGUAUCAGUUUGAGGGUGGUCAGAUGCCGUUCUUCCGUCGUAUGCCGAAGUUCGGAUUUACCAAUGCAAACUUCAAGAUCAAAUUCUGGAUUGUCAACCUUUCGGCAAUCCUCGAGCAUGAGGACUUUAAGUCCGGAGGAACAGUCGACCAGAAGUCGCUCAUCAAAGCAGGGCUGGUCCGUGACGAAUCUCGUGACCUGAAGAUCCUCGGCAACCUUCCUGAUGGGAUGGAUUCUUUGAGUGUGAAGCUCGAUGUGAACGCCAACCGCGUCACCGCAUCGGCUCGCAAACUUAUCGAAGAUGCGGGAGGCAAGGUCAACGAACUGGGCACACGCCGUGACCGCAUCCGUGGUAUCGACCGAAACUCGGGCGACAACACUCCGAAGAACCUCACGAAGAAGCUCAAGAAGCAAGAGUGGCACCGCAAGCGCGACGAGGCAUUCGCUCGCGGCGAGGUCUUGAAGAAGAAAUAA